GCUCAAAUGUGAACGCUGAAAGCUUCGUAGCCGAAAUUAAGCAACAGUAUGUUAGCGGUAUUAAAUGCGAAUAGCGGUUGAAUAGCGAUAGCGGUAAAAGAUUCUAACGCGAGUGAAGAAAGUUUUCAUAAAAAAUAGUAGUUUUAAAGUGAAAAGUUUUUGAAGAAAAGUUUUGAAAAAAAUGUCUUCAAUGAACUGUGCCAAAUGAAAGUUGGACCAUGAUGAAUACAAAAUUUGCAUUGCAGAAAACUGGAAGGGUCCAAAAACUAGUUCUCAAAUAAAUACCCUCCAACUAUCCAUGGAAUAAUCUUGCAUGCUGAUAAUUUUUUGGUUUAAGUGCAGUGAUCAUAAUUAAAAAUUCAUAACAGCUUUCCUAAUUUUUAGAAACGUCGUUCAAAAUGUGAUGCGAGGGAAAAGAAGUAGCCCAAUAAAUACAAACUUAAUUUUUAACAACAAAAAAAAUCAACGAAAUCACGCUCCAAUACACAUUCCGCAACGCAAAAAAUGUUUGCGCUCCAGCAAGUCACAACCAUGACCGCAGCUUGCUUGCUCUGCUCCAUUCUCUUCGCCGUUUGGCCAAAAGUGAUACUUUGUCGACCCUCGCAAGAUUAUUCCACCGACGGCACCGAGCUGGUCGUCGUUAAGGAAAUUGUGCGCUGCACUCGCCAGGGACUCCACGAACUGUGCCAGAACGCCACAACAACGAAUGAAGAUGAAGAGCAGCGCACCGCGCUUAAUGCGGAUAAUGAGUCAGUGAUGGAUGUUGUGGAUGAUUUGAUUUUGUUAGAGAAAAAACCAAAGUCAACGCAACGGCUACAACAACAACAACAACAACUGCACCAACAUCAGCGCAAAGAAACACAUCCCUACGGUACUUAUCAACAACAAAGUGAAUUGCUGACAUCUGCCGCCGCGCGGGAGGACACAUUAGUUUCUGCCGCCGCUGCGGCGCCAGCCAUUGGCGAUCCCUCCGAUUCCACAGCAUUUGGUAGCUCAUAUCAUCAGGAAACCUUUGACUCGGACAGCGAUAGUAGUGAUGCGGCAGGAGAUGAGCGCGACGACGUAGCAGCUAACACCAAAACUACCGACGUAGAUGCUGUCAAUGCCGCGGCUGCCGAUGAAAUUAUAGCCGAUGGCGUCCUGUUUCACGGCGUGUUGCUGCGAUUGGCCGACGGGCCGCACAGCUUGCCUCAACCGGUGCCGCCCGUUGACGUGAGCGAUUUCGUGUCAUUAAUGCCGGCCGAAGAGGUUAAAUCGAUUGCCGCCAAUUACUAUCACAAUGAUGCGGAAGUGCGUCGGGCCUACGCCUAUUUGAGUGGACCGGAUUUUGUAGCGCUGCGUCAGCGCAUUGUGGCAUCGCCGGAAGUGGGCGCAUUUUUGCAAUAUUUAAAUGUGAGCGGGUUUGAUGUGUUGAAAUUUCAACAUCGCAACAGGAAGAGCAACUCAACGGCUUGCAUGGCUUAGUCGAUAGCAUUUUGGAAAUAUUGCCGCAGGAUCAAAUUCUGGCAACAUUCUUUGAUAAACUCGAAACGGAUGAGAAUUUUAGAAAAUUUGUGAACAACAUACAACGGCCAGCAUUCGCGCAGAUACUCAGCAAAAUGGAGCAAUCGAUGGCAUUGAGAAAUCUUAUAUUCACCUUGCACAAUAAUGGCAUCUACAUAACACGAAUUGUCGAUUCCCUCAAGGCCUAUUUCUUUCUCGGAGGCUUCUCAUAGACCUACUCACCCACACACCAGAAAAGUCGCAAGCACUUACAUACAUAAAAAACUGAUGCUGGGUGGAGCAGAAGAGAAGGCGCAGUUAAACGAGAAGGAGAGAGAGGAGACUGGUCGAAAAACACGAAGCUGGAGAAAAGAGCACAACAAAACAACAAUAAAUGUCGUUAGCUAAGAAUUGGCCGAGAAAAAGACAUGUAAAGUUGAAGAAAAUGCAGGCAGAAGUAUAAAGUAAUGUAAAAGUGGAGCCAAAUAAGAAACAAAAUUGUAAAGAAAUUGGACGCGAAGCUAACAGAAUAAAGGCUUAUAUUGCUAUUAUUAUUAAAUUUUCAACUGGAA